AUGCCUGCCCGAGCAGUCGAGAUCAUCAGGGAGGGUGACUUUGGGGGGGCUGACCUUGUCCAGGUUACAAGCGAUGCCUACCGCCCAUCGUUCAAGGAAAGUGGGGGAAGUAAUUUUGAAAUUGCAGCCAACUAUGUGUUCCUGAAGCCACUAUGUGAAAAAUUUCCAGACCAUGUUCCUGGUGGAGUUCUUUUGACUGAUGUUUGGCUCUACCUAGAUUCCUUGCUGGCGGGCAAGAUGUUGGUCAAGGAAGGUGCUGAGAGUCACAAUGAGAAGGUCUCUGAACUGAAAUCGAUGCUGCUGCCUUCGCCUGCCCUUCGUGAUGAGCCCGCUGAGGAACCUCUUCCAGCAGAGGAUGAAGGCGAAGAACCUGCAGAGCCUGCAGAGCCUGCAGCGGCUGCAGGCGAAGAGGAGAGUUCAGAUGCAGACUCUGAUUCUGGCGAAGAUGCGCCAGGUGGCGGCUGUGAGUCGCCUACUUUGAUCCUUGGCGCUGGCGCUGAUGUUGCCAAUGAGGCAGAUCUUGAGUCAUCAGACAAGUCAGAGGAAGCCUCGCUAGAGGAAUGUCGGGAGUCUGAGUCUGAGGCUGAUGUUGAAAAGGCAGAAGAAGUCAAGCCUCUUCCAUCGUCCAGCAGCAAGGGUGAUCGACGACGCCUUCCUUCUUGCGAGCGCUAUGGCAUGGGAAAAACUGCACUGGCCUUGGAGUACAAUGGCUACCGCGUCGAUCACCUGCCGAAGAAUGCUCGGCCAGACCCCGAGCGCAAGCAUCAGGGCAAACACUCCUACACUGUUGUGAAGGGAGACGUGAAGAUCGAAGUUCUCCUCCGCAGCAGUGCAUACUAUGUUCGUGGCCCCAACAAGGGUCAAGUCUCAUGGGCCAAGAACGGUGGCCCCUACAAUGCACGGAUUGUCGCAUGCACAAAGGCUGGCGUGCUCCCAUAG